CCCGGUCCCCCUCUCUCUCGGCCCCUGCUCUUAGGCAAAGUUUUCUCGCGUGCCAAAGCGUUGCAACUCGGAGCGAUCUCCCUUGAAGAUUCAGAAUAGCUCUCUGAAUGUCACCCGAGAAUGUCACCCGAGAGAAUGGACACUCGAUGUAAUAUGCGCUGGCAAACCGGAUACUGGAAAACUCCUCCUCAAGAGCACUAUAGACUCUGAGAGGCUGCCAGGCUAUGUCGCUGAUGACUCUCGAUGUUGGGAUCCUCACUCUCCGCUCGAUCUCGGCCUCCAUUGGGAUCCCAGAAGGAGCGCGAAACUUGUAGUAGGGUGGAAGCCUGGAUACAAACGCUUCUGGCUCCUACAUGGCUCGUCCUUGCGCUCCAAAACAUUCAGAAAUCAAGAUCUCUGCUCUGAGGACGACCGCAGUCCACCAGUUCUUUCGUGUAUGACCAGCCCCCUCACGUGGCGCACUGUUCUAUCGCCCACCGAGGCUUCCGAAUCCCAUUCCCCGGUCCAUUGAACGUUCAAGAACAUUUUCCGCGCUGGACAACGGCUCCCUAGCUCUUUGGAACGAUUUCGUCGACCUUGUCCUCGGCGGCAUUUCCAAAUUAGGAAAUCGUCGUAUCGGGGACCAUGAACGGGUUCGUGCGCGCAUAUUAGGCAGGAGACUGGUCGCCGAUGUUGGGAUCGGGUCUGUGAUGGUUUCAGCGCUGGUUUGAGCCGCGAUGACAUUGUCACACAGCACACGCUAGCGCUCUUUUCCCUCGUCCGCGCCUUGUGCUGCGUCUCCAAAGAAAAGGCUAGGGUUGGAGUCUUCCCAUCAAGCGCUCAAGUAUAGGAUUGGCUGGAGACUCAUGACGCAAGAUUCUGUCACUAUGGAUUUCAGCGAAUGGUGGAUAUCAUCGCGGGGCAGACGGUCGCUUCUUGACUGGUACGAGAUACCCUGUCGGCAAAAUCAAGCCCUGUGGUGCGGGAUUGGGUCUGCAGACAAAAAUCCAUAAGCCUCGUUCAGACAUUAUGAAGCGUCGCCGAAUAAUGGCGAGUGCAAGAAGUUGGUCCAAUCUGCAGUGCAUUGUCUCUUCGACUCAAGUGCCCGGCGUAUCACAUAAGCAAUCAAACACGCACCCAGUUUCGAUCAGCGAACUUUCCUUGCCUCCUUCAUCGACGGUGUGCUCCCUCCACAUCCGUUGACAGCAGGAAGCGAGCCGGCGCUUUACGCUUUAUCGCAUCAAUGCCAGGCCCUGAUCCCUCGGACGAGGCCGCUUUGGCGAUGCCACCACCCUCGACGAUCCCCCGAGCGACCGCACGGCCCAGCACCCGCGUCCGAGCCCGCAAAAUGACACCCGAAGCGACGAACAUCCGCAGGCAUCUUGACCCGUACACGCUGAUGUUCCCGCCGAGCGCGGAGAUGAUGAAGGCUCUCCUGCAAUACGGAUACACCAAAGCGCAGAUCAAGCAGGCGUGGAUGCUCCCCUCGCCGGACUAGCAUCCGAUUGCCCCUUCUCCCGCCUCAGCCCCAGCCCCAGCCAUCCCGGCCCCCGCUGCAGCAGCACCUCCUGCCGUGGCUGCCACGGAAUCAGUGGCCGAGGCUGUCGCUCCAAAGGCGAAGAAGAGCAGGAAGCGGAAGGCUCGUGCGACCGACGCAGACCCCAGCGUAGAACUCGAGCAGGGCCCAGCGAAGCGGGCGAAUACCAAAGCUGAAGAUGCAGAGGCCGAACGCCAUCGCUCAAUUCAGAACAACAUGACGUUCUGUCUCGACUCCUCGCUGAACCUCAUCCAUGGACCGGCUGUUGCUGCUGUGCCACCACCUCAAGAGAUGGGAACGUCGAACGAAAUGGGCUGGGAGACAGCACCGCUUGAGCCCGCUGCUCCUGCUCCUGCUCCUGCUCCUGCUCCUGCUCCUGCUCCUGCUCCUGCUCCUGCUGCUGCUGCUGCUGCUGCCCCCGCUCAGAAGAAAGACAAGGGCAAGGGAAGAGCCAUCGACAAUCCACCGGCCAUCGUUUCGGCCCCGGUGGUCGAGAAGCCCCUCAAGCGGCAGCGUCGAGUGAAGCAGCCCAACGCCGUUGCUGGUCCUUCGCGUCAAGUUGAGGUGCCGUCAGCUAGCGGCUCCUCGCUCGUGAUGCCGGCUUUCCAGCCCCAGCAAUACCCGGACUGGAAUGCCUACCCAACUGCGAAUAUGGACCCUGCUGGAUACUAUGCUCAGUAUGGCCCAGUCCCGGGACCCAGCGCCGGCUAUGGUCCGCAGUCUAGCUAUGCUCAAUAUGUCGACCCCGAGGCUGGCGCUACUGCAUCUUACUCGACAGACGAUCUGGCUGGCACCUGCCAGGCUUAUCAAGGCCUCACGGUAGACCCAUCGUUGGUCAACCCCGAGACGGACAUUGUCCCUCUUCCUCCCUACGUCGACUACAGCGCCACGAAUGCACAAGCACAAGCCUGCGAGGGUUUCGACCAGCUGGACUCGACCGGACAGCCACUCGACGAUAUCACCAACGAGUUCUUGCUGCGUUCUGGGCUGAUUCAGCCGGACUACCCGGGUGCGAUGACUGGGGAGGGCUACAUCGAGGACCAGCAGGACGCCCAGCUGGCCCAUCGUUCCCACGAGCUAUUCGGGCUCUUCAACAUCUCCUAAAUGCCUCCGAAGUUACAGGAUCCACACCCAUCCUCCAUUUACACAACGCCGUUAUAUUUGUAUAUCAUCCUAACACCGUUCUUAUACUCUCUCUCAUCUGCCUCUCGUCUGUAUUUGUACCUUAUGCUUGUGUUUGUGACUAGAUGGUGUAUAUAGAUGUACUGUGUCAUAUGCUGUUGUAUGUACGACCCAUUUAAUGUUUUGUUAUAUCACUGACCUUAAUUUCAAUGCACUUGAGCCCAGAAUUUCAGGACGUCGCGCGAUGCAAGAGCAUUGUCGUCUUCAAAAGUGUACUAUCCCGCUGUUUCAGAGGGCUCCAAAUCCGAUUUCUACGUUUCGAGGACUUGGCCUGUAAAAACUGACAUGCGAGGUUAUCACUAUGACGUCACGCGACGCGACGCGAUCGAUCGCUCUUGGCUAACUGCUUUUUGCAACUCGGUUGUGUGGACAGCGAUAAUCCACAUAUUAUCUUUCAAGUCAAUCAAUCCGAAUAUGUGCUCUCUAGUGCUGGCCACUCGGCCAACAGAGCCUAUUACGGGUUCACUGUAA